AUGAUCAAACGCUCCUUUGCCAGCCUGCUGGGCGCAGACCCCGCCUGCGACCAUCUCCAUCCCUUUGAAACCUCCUGGCUGCUACCCCCCUGGCUGUUGGCCGGUCUGCGCGGUCUCGUCGCCCUCUACAUCUUCGUGACCAUCUUCUUCAUCUGGGGUUGGGAGGGCACCCACGGCGAACGCGAUCAAAUCGGCCCGACCUUUAGCUACUUCACCUGGCUGACCUACUGGGGACUGGGCUUCUACUACCUGUUCGCGACCAUCCACACCGCCGCCUACGCCUCGACCGGUCGUUCGGCGCUGUUCGAUCGCUGGCCGCGUGCCCUUCGCGCCCUCCACAGUCUCUUCUACACCACCGUCACCACCUUUCCCUUUCUGGUCACCAUCGUCUUCUGGGCUAUCCUCUAUUCUGGCUGGUUUACGCGCACCUUCAGCGCCUGGUCCAAUAUCUCCCAACAUGGCCUCAACUCCCUCUGGGCCCUUCUCGAGAUCGUCCUCCCCACGACCAACCCCCAUCCCUUGCUGACCUUCCCCUUCCUCGUGCUCAUCCUCCUGCUCUAUGUCUCCCUCGCCUAUCUGACCCACUACACCCAAGGCUUCUACACCUACUCCUUCCUCGACCCCGGGCCUAACGGUGAACACAGCGGCAAGGUCGCCGCUUACUGCUUCAUCAUCCUCGCCGCUAUUAUUGUCAUCUUCGUCCUCACCUGGCUUGUCAUCUGGUUGCGCCAACGUUUCACCCACGGCACCGUCAAGCGUUCCGCGCGUGAUCGGGAACCCACUGCCGAAAUGGCCCAACUGGGCGUGUAA